AUGGACCGGCAUCAUGAGUUCCCGAACGGUGAACCUAUCGCCAUCAUCGGCACCGGUUGUCGUUUUCCUGGGGGAGCCUCAUCACCAUCUAAGCUCUGGGGGCUUCUUCGUACACCCCAUGACCUUCGACAAGACAUUCCACCAAGUCGGUUUGACCACCAAUCAUUCCGGACCAUAAUUCAGUCCAAGCAAGGCUAUUUCCUCUCGGAAGACCAUCAACACUUCGACCACCACUUCUUCAAUAUCCCUCCAGCAGAAGCAGAAACGAUUGAUCCUCAGCAUCGCUUACUCCUGGAAUGCGUUUACGAAGCACUCGAAUCCGCCGGUCAAAGCAUUACCGGCCUCCAAGGCUCGUCCACGGCCGUAUAUACAGGCCUUACCGCAUCCGACUACACAAAUAUCACCACUCACGACCAUCAGAACAUCCCACGCUAUGCGGCGACAAGCACUCACAACAAUAUGAUCUCAAACCGUGUUUCCUACUUCUUUGACUGGCGUGGCCCGUCCAUGACCAUUGAUACUGCUUGCUCGUCCAGCCUGGUCGCGGUCCAUCUCGCUGUUCAGGCCUUACGCAGUGGAGAGGCCGAGCUGGCAAUUGCCAGCGGGGCUAACCUUUUGCUGGAUCCGGAGCGCUUCAUUGAGGCGAGUAACUUGAAUAUGCUCUCUCCUACAGGAAGAUGUCAUAUGUGGGAUCGAAGAGCGGAUGGGUACGCUCGAGGAGAAGGCAUAGCUGCCAUUGUGAUGAAGCCUCUCCGUCAUGCCAUCCGAGAUGGAGAUUACGUCGAAUGUGUGAUUCGGGAAACGGGGGUCAAUCAAGACGGCCGUACGCCAGGUAUCACAAUGCCGAAUGCCCAGGCACAACUAGCUCUGAUCGAGAAGACGUACCGACGGGCUGGGUUAGACUGCAAGAACGAGAAAGAUAGGUGCCAGUACUUUGAGGCACACGGUACUGGAACCGUUGGAGAUAUCAAAGAAGCGGAGGCGAUCCAAACAGCCUUCUUUGGCUCAGAGACUGCUUCAGAGCACCUUGUAAAGUCACAGCCGCUGUAUGUCGGAUCUUUGAAAACUGUAAUGGGUCAUUCGGAAGGCUGUGCAGGUAUUGCAGGUCUUCUAAAAGCCUCGCUUUCCAUCCAGAAUGCCUGCAUCCCGCCUAAUUUUGGGCUUGAAUCCCUUCACCCAGAUGUGCAGCCGUUUUGCUCUCAACUCAAAAUUCCAACCCAGUUGACUCCUUGGCCAGAGCUGGAGCUUGGUGAGCCGAGAAGAGCGAGUGUGAACAGCUUUGGGUUUGGGGGCACAAAUGUGCAUGCCAUUCUCGAACAAUAUAUCCCUCCUCCUACGGCGGCUCAAGAAGCAUCUCUAGAGCUUCAGGGCACUGUGGUACUACCAUUUGUCUUUUCAAGCAACUCUGAACAAUCACUGGCUACGUUGCUACAAUCUUACGCGCAAUGGCUCGAUGAUCAUCCCACGGCAAACCUUCAGGAGUUGUCACACGUCUUGCAUUCUCGACGAUCAAAGCUGGCCAUUCGGACAUACUUCUCAGCUUCUACUAUCAAGCAGCUAUCUUCCAAAAUAUACGAGAGAUUGGCUUCAGUGAAAGUCGAUUCACCCACCAUAUUUGGGGUACGCACAAACUCCUCUUCUCGACAAGCGAAGAUUCUAGGAGUCUUCACUGGACAGGGUGCCCAUAGACCUGCUAUGGGGAAGAUGCUGCUCAAGAUACCGUUCCUGCGUCGCAAAUUCGACUUUCUCGAAGGGAUUCUGGCAGACCUGCCCGAGAAAGAUCGUCCUACGUGGUCUCUCAUCGCUAAACUGCAAGACGAGGGACAAACAUCCGAUUUCCAGCGACCAGAUAUAUCACAGCCCUUACAGGCCGCUCUUCAGAUCGUGUUGGUCGACCUAUUGCGGCACGUUGGUGUGGAAUUCCAAGCCGUUGUAGGACAUUCAUCUGGGGAAAUUGCAGCGGCAUACACCGCGGGUUUCCUUGACGCUUCAGACGCAAUUCGAAUCGCUUACUACCGUGGCCUAUGUGUCCAGUCCAUCAUUACAGCUGACGGUCUCACGGGAGCCAUGAUUACUGCCCAUAUCACGGCUAAAGAUGCAGAUACUUUAACUAAACUUCCUGAGCUGUCAGGACGAGUCAGCAUUGCGGCUAUCAGCUCUCCAUCAUCCGUGACAAUCUCUGGUGAUGCUGAGGCCAUCUCGGUAGCAAGCAAUAUCUUAACGAAAACGGGCCAUUCAUCACGACCAUUGCGAGUAAACGUCGGAUACCACUCUCAGCAAAUGGCUCGAUGUGCAGACCUGUAUCGCGAAUGUCUUACCUCUCAUGAUAUCCGAGUUCAUUCCCCUGCAGAAGGGGCACCCGUCUGGUACUCUAGUGUCGAGGGAUGGGGAAGAAUCAAGGAUUCGAAUAGCCAUCAACUGGCAGCUACUUACUGGACCGAGAAUCUACUGAAAACAGUACACUUCUCUCAGGCUGUAUCCCAAAUCAUGGAUUCAGAAAAGGCGUGCAAUCUAGGUAUUGAAAUCGGGGCUGUUACUAUGCUGAAAGGAGCUGUUUCUGACAUUCUGUCUUCUUCUUCAACCCUCCCAGAUUUAGGCCGCCCGCCAGCCUUUCCCUAUAUGGGUGUUCUUCAGAACGACAAAGAUGAAUUGGAAUCUAUUUCAGACACCCUCGGUGACGAUGACGCUUCCACAGAUCUGUUAAAACUCGUGGCAAGAGGGACCGUAAGGGUCAUGCUGGGAAUGUCGACUCAGUUGGUUUGUAAUCCUGAAGCUGUUGGACUGAGUGAUACACCGUCUCAUGUGGAUGUGGACGAAUUCUAUUAUUCUUUUAAAGAUUUCUACCAGGGAACAGAUGGAGUGAGACAGCUGUUGUCUGGGUUGAAACGGACACCAUCUGGCUGCGCGGGAAGCUUGGAUUCGUUGAACCCGGAACUGCUUCGCGAAGAUUAUUCUUUCCAUCCUGCCAUGCUCGAAGGAAUGAUACAUUCGGUGGUAGCUACUUUAUGGCUUACAAUGAGUGAUCAGCAAUGGAUGCCAAGUAGCCAUAUUCCGACAAAAAUUGACUACAUCGCAGUAAACCCAUCUCUGUCAACGUCGGUUGGAACCAGAAUGAAAACCUUGGGCAUUUCCCAGUGUGAAAGGGGAAUCAUCCGGGGUAGUUCGGAGCUCAUAACCAGAAACACAUCACAAAUUGUCGCUCGGUUAGAAGGUGUUACUUUCGCAUCGCAGGCUGUUGUGGCGAAAUUGCCACAAACCUUCCCAUUGCCACCAAAGAGACCAGUGACCGUGAAGGAGGAUUCCACAAUCAAGCAGAAGAUUCUGACAACAGACACGAAAGAAGCAGCAGUAAAAUAUCUCCUUUCGGCUUUCAUUGCCUAUCUUUGCCAGGCUCUUCGAUUCUCAGAAGAUGACCGGCUUGGAUUAGAGGAUGUGCCAUUGAUUGAAUUGGGAGUUGAUUCUCUUGUCGCACUGGAUAUCAGGUCGUGGUUCGCAAAAGAGGUUUCGUUCAGCAUUUCUGUUCUAGAUGUUCUUGGAGGGUCCUCGGCAUUGGAGUUAGCAUCUAACGCCGUGGAAAAGAUGUGUCAUCGUCAGCCACCAAACGGGUCAAAGGCUCUCAAUGUCUCGUUCUACUACCACUUCAUCGGCCCGCUACGUAUGCCUGAUCUCAAAGCUGCCGUACUUACAAUGGGCGAAAGACAUGAAGCGUUACGCACCUGUUAUUUUGUUCAGGGCUCAAGGCCAAUGCAAGGAAUCAUGGUUAAAUCCCGCCUUGUUCUUGAGCACAAGGCGAUAUCUGGCAAGGAAGAUGUUGAUACCGAAUUCACGCAGCUCAAGAAUCACAUAUAUGAUUUGCAUCAUGGUGAUACCAUGAAGAUGCUUCUUCUGCAAGAAUCAUCAACAUCCAACUAUCUCCUCUUCGGUUACCAUCAUCUUACCAUGGACGGAUACAGCUUCCAGCAAGUUUUUCUGCCUGAGCUUGAAAAGCUCUACUGCGGAGAGUCUCUCAGUCCGUGCAUUCGACAAUUUCGAGAACACUCUCAAAUGGAGCAUGAUGCUCUACAAAACGGGGAUCUGUCAGCCGAAAUUGCCUAUUGGAAGACUCAGUUCCAAGAGCUUCCUCCAGUACUGCCUCUUUUCCCCAUGUCUAGGACAACAUCUCGAAAGAAUCUUAGCCAAUAUGAUUACAGCCAAGUCGAGCUUGUGAUUAAUGCAGCAACCACUGCAAGAGUGCGGAAAGUAGCUCAGAGCUUGCAAUCGUCUCCAUUUCACGUCUACGUAACGGUUCUCCAGGUUCUUCUCACGAAGUUACUUGGAAUUGAUGAUUUCUGCAUCGGAAUCGCGGAUGCCAAUCGGGUGGACGAGAAGGACGCUGGCGUGAUCGGACUUUACCUGAACUUCCUCCCACUUCGCUUCCAACGGAAUAGAGAGCAGCUAUUUUCGGAAGCAGUGAAAGUUACAAGGACAACGGCUUACAAUGCCAUGGCAAAUUCUCAAUUACCUUUCGAUGCCCUCCUCAAGGAAUUGCACGUCCCAAGAUCAGCAAAAUACGCGCCACUCUUCCAAGUUUUUGCAAACUACCGCUCUGCGCGGGUCGAGAAGGGGUCUUUUGCAGACCUUCAGGGUCGAAGUCAUGACGUCCAGUUGACUAAGGCCGCCUAUGAUUUGGGGCUGGAUAUCGGCGAGGGUGUAGAUGGGAAGACUCAAAUUGUGUUUAUGCUGCAGGCGUCGCUCUAUUCUGAAUCUGAUGCAGAAAUGAUUCAGAGAAGUUACAGCCACCUACUCGAGUCCCUGACGCUUCAACCAGACAAAGUCAUUGAAGAUUUUACCGCGUACCACCCGCAGGAUAUUCAAAGUGCUUUAGAUCUGGGAAGAGGCGAAGUAAUUCCCUCUGAGUGGCCCGAGACAUUGCUACAUCGGGUGGAUAUAAUGGCACAGUCUCGAGGUUUCGAUGUAGCUGUGAAGGAUUCCAACGACAGCCUUACCUAUGCUGAAUUGGAGAGGCGAUCCAACAACAUCGCCCAAGAGCUACUCAAACAGGGUCUCUGUCCCGGUGAUAGGGUGGCUAUUUUCCAAGAACCCUCGGUCGAUUGGGUCUGCUCCGUCUUGGCAAUCAUGCGUGUUGCAGCAAUCUAUGUGCCACUCGAUCUACGAAAUCCCAUAUCACGGCUGAAAAUUAUUGUAUCAAUCUCGAAUGCGGCGAUAAUUUUGGUGCACAAUGCAACUCUAGCAGAUGUCAAGAAUCUCGAGUUUACGCCAGAUAAAGUCGUAAAUAUCUCCGCCGUUCAUGCUGCUACGCCAUUAGAUUCGACUGAACACACUUCAAUGAACAAUUCUCGCGCGGACUCCCCUGCUGUAAUACUAUUCACGAGUGGCUCAACUGGUACGCCCAAGGGUAUCACCUUGACCCACGCCAGUCUUCGCUGUGCUAUUGAGUCCCAUGUUGUGGCUAUGAGGCUUAGCGAUCGAGAGGUUGUUCUGCAACAUAGCGCCUACUCGUUCGAUAUUUCCUUGGCUCAGAUCUUUAUGGGUAUUAGCACAGGAGGUACUGUGUAUGUCGCAAGCAAAACCCAACGAGGAGACCCUGUUGCGCUCGCCAAAUUGCUUCAGGCCGAGAAAAUCAGUUAUUUCAUAGGCACAUCUUCUGAAAACCUUGCGAUCAUUCGGUAUGGAGCAGAGUUUCUGUCUCAGAAUACCUCGUGGAAGUACGCUUCCUGCGGCGGGGAACCAUUCAUCGAGGCUCUGCGACAGGAAUUUCGAAAUAUCUCACUUCCUCAGCUCCGUGUUUUCAAUGUAUAUGGUCCAGCAGAGGCCACGAUCGCGGCUACACUGGUGGAAGUCCUCUAUCAAGAUGAUCCUCUCCAUAGCCAAACAGAACAAAUUGGCAACCAAAUAACUUCGAUUGGGUUUCCCUUGCCGAACUAUUCUCUUUGUGUUGUUGAUGAUAAUCUAGAUCCGGUAGCAGCUGGGGUUUCGGGUGAGUUGCUUAUCGGGGGCGGUGGUGUUGCUACCGGUUACCUCGAAAACGAAAAGUUGAGUAGGGAACGCUUCAUUCCCGAUCGGUAUGGCUCUUCUGAGUUCCAGGCUCAAGGGUGGUACACAUUGUUUCGCACUGGUGACCGAGCACGGUUGCAAGCUGACGGGAGCUUCAUCUUCGAGGGUCGAGUCGACGGCGAUACUCUCAUUAAGCUUCGAGGACUUCGCAUUGACUUGGGUGAUAUUGAGAGCACCAUCUUUACUACCGCCAAUGGUAAACUGUCCGAAGUUGCGGUUUCAUUGCGUGGAGAACCGCAGUUCCUCGUCGGCCACGUAGUCCUCUCACCCAUGUUUGCAGCCUCGGAUCUUGAUAUCGACUCCUUUCUCGAGGAGUUACUCUUGAAGCUUCCCCUAGCUAUGUACAUGAAGCCUGCCAUGUUGAUUCCUGUCGAUUCUCUUCCCAUGACAAUUCAUGGCAAACGCGAUCGCAAAGCUAUUGCCACACUUCCGCUUGGGAUGGACGAUGAGGACAAUAGGCUCGGAGAUGUUGAGGAUCUUGAUUCUGUAACCACCGAAGAUCUUACUGAAACCGAAGAGCGGCUCAAAAACAUUUGGUUGGCCAUCUUGCCAGCUGAAGCAGUUUCCGCCCGCCAGCGCCAAGUACCAAAUGGACAAGGCAAGAAGAAGAACUCUGAUGCUAUACAUUCCCACACCGAUUUCUUUGCGGUUGGGGGUAAUUCGUUGUUGCUAGCACAGUUGCAGGCUGAGAUCAAGAAGGAAUUUGGUGUCAUGUUACCUAUUAAAUUGCUGAUGGAAGUCUGUACUGAGGGGUUGGGCGAACUAGCAGACAUGGUGGAGGCGGCUGAAGCGUGA